AUGUCGGACAAGAAUUCUAAUACUGAUCAUUCUCCUCCUCCGGUGGCCUGGUGGGAAAGAGGCAAGGUUAUUGCUGAAGGUUCUUAUGGAUGCAUCGUUUGCGAAGCACGUCCAGUCCCCGGACAUUGUCUAUCGCUUGUUCUUCCUAAACUCAUGGCCGUUAAAACAUGCAAGGUUAAACAAGUGAUUUACCACGAAAGGGAUAUACUUUCUCUCUUCAAACGUCACCCACACAUAAUUCACUUUUAUGGCUUCGACUCUUCUAUAAACACCGAAGAUGGCAAGCUUAUGCACGACAUGUUUAUCGAAUAUGCCUCUGGCGGGGAUAUGUCAUCUCGGAUCUUCACUGGAGUUGGAUUGCCGGAGAAGAAGGUUAGACUCUACGUCAAAGGAAUAUUGCUAGGUUUAGAAACAAUUCACAACUUGAGUUACGCACAUUGUGAUAUCAAACCGGAUAAUAUAUUGAUGGUUGAUGGAGUUGUGAAGAUUGCUGAUUUUGGGAUUGCGGUGAAGUCUCCAACUGUCAUUUCAUCCAUUAGAGGUACUCAAGAGUAUAUGUCGCCAGAAUUGAUAGCGGAUGGAUAUUAUAGUUGUUCGGCGGAUAUUUGGGCACUUGGGAUUACGGUUUUGGAGAUGCUUAUUGGAAAAAGAGCGUGGGGAAAUAAAUUUAGAAAAUUGAAUAUGGUUUCGAUAAUUGGAGUAUGUAAUAUUGUACCGGAAAUCCCAAAAGAUGAAGUUUCAUAUUUGGCUCGUGAUUUUCUUUCGAGAUGUCUUGUUAGGGAUUAUAAAGAACGAUGGACGGUAGAUUUGCUUCUUAACCAUCCCUUUGUAUCGAGACAAAAUGAAGAGGAGCACAUAUGA